CUCCGCGGCUCUCCGUUGAGAAGGUGCGGUCGCGGUGCGGGAGAUGCAAAAUUAGAUGAAUGCAUGCCCUUUCUCACUGUGGAGAUCCUGGAGAAUCACCUGGUCACAGAGUUGACAUGUUCUAUCUCAGAGGCAGCUGUCGGACUUGUGAGCAUUAACAGAGGGAAGUUUUUAAACAAGUUGUUUAACUACAGGUCCAAAUUGAAGAAAGAUAUUUAAAUGCUUACGGAGAGGAGAACAGUACUGUGUUUACAGUUGUGCAAAGUCUCCAAGUAAAUCAGAGAGAAGAAAAGCCCUAGUGAGGCAGAAGUGUGAUAAGGCCGAAGCGGCUUACACACAACUUUCUCAUCUGUGGACAUGUUUCCAGAUCGGCCCUCACUCCCCUAAAGACAAACCUGAAAAACUUAAAACAGGUCAAAUGAUGGAUGAGUCAGAUGAUGAUUUCAAAGAACUCUGUGCCUGCUUUUUCCAAAGGGUGAAAAAAAAUGCAACCAAAGAUGUGUCAGGAGACAGGAAGAAGCGGAAGGCCUCUGGUAACCCUCAGAAAAGAGGCAAGCUGAAAGAAUCCAGUCAAGCUGCCACCAGGAUCAAAACCCUUGAAGGCCCUCCAGAGAAGAAACCUCGAGUAGGCAGCCAGGCCCCUAGGACUAAAAAGCAAGGGGCACCCAAACCCCAAGAAGGGGACCCUGCUCUCCCUGUGAAUGGAAAGAGAGGUGUUCUUGCUCCUGCCCCAGGUCAGCCUGUGUUGCAUGAGAGAGCACACAGCGUUCAGACAGAGAGUGCUCCCAAUGGCGACUCCCAGCCCCUUCCAUCCUGUUUCACUACAACUGGUGUGCCAAGUCCCUCCAAACCCAGAGCCUCAGAGCUGGUUCUCCAACGGAUGAAGCAGUUCAAGAGGGCAGACCCUGAGCGCUUGAGACAUGCUUCAGAAGAACCCUCCCUAAAGACCACACUGGAAGAAAAUGUCCCAAGGAGCCCUCAAGAAGAGGUGGUGGUGGGAAACGAGAAUAAGUCCAAGCUCCAUGCCACAGACAGCGAUGCUGCCAUGGCCCUGGCCUUGCAGCAGGAGUUCGGAAGGGCAGAAGUAUCUUCACGUUGUGACAGCCUGGAGGAGAAGGGGCUGUUCUUCUGCCAAAUGUGUCAGAAGAACCUCUCGGCAAUGACCGUGCCGCGGAGGGAGCAACAUGUGAACAGAUGCUUGGAUGAGGCUGAAAAGGCACUGAGCCCUGCUCCAUCUCGGAUCCCUGAUUGCCCAAUAUGUGGGAAACCAUUCCUCACCAGCAAGAGCAGAAUCAGUCACUUGAAGCAGUGUGCAGUGAAGAUGGAAGUGGCUCCCCAGCUCCUGCUUCAGGCUGUAAGGCUGCAGACAGCUCAGCCCGACGUGGGCAGCAGCCCUCAGGUACCCGGUUUCAGCAAUCGUGUUGGAGGUUUGAAAUGGAAAGGAGCCACCAACAAGAAGGAGCCACAGAAGAGGGGGAAGGUCAGCCGGCCCGAGGUUCCGUCUGAAGACCUGCUGGUGGCCAUGGCUCUUUCUCGUUCUGAGAUGGAGCAGUGUCCAGGUGUGCCCCAACUCAGGCUGGAAAAUGCUUUUUCCGAGAAGAUGAGGCUGGGAGCAGAGAAGAAAAGCCGCAAGAAGAAACCCCCAGUGUGUCCCCCACUGUUGUUAAUCCAAGACUUUGAGACCACGAAUAGACAGAUUGAGGACCGUGUUGCCCAGCUCCUCUCAGAGGAAGUAGAACUGUCCUGCACCCCACCGCUUCCGGCCAGCAAGAUUUUAAAAGAAGAAUUGGAACAUGCGGGCUGGCGAAUGCAGCUGCCUGAAGGAAAGCAGAAUUUUCUGUGGGAAUGCAGUGCCCUCACAGGAGCCUGGGCUGAGGGGUCCUUCUACACAGUGGGCCUGGUUCCUCCAGUUGUGUCCCAACAUCGUAUCAAGGAACCUGAGCUAACGCUGGAGCUGCCCAAGCAGGGAGAGCCAAGCACACAAAGCCCCCCUGCUUCCCACAGCAGGCCUCCUGUGGGCCACAGCCCCAAUAACCGACUGCUGUCCUCCAGCCAGAGGGAGCGCCAAGCCCUGCAGGACCUCGUAGACUUGGCAGUGGAGGGGCUGAGCUCCAGCCCAUGGCCUACCAGUCUGGAAGCACCCCCAGGGUUGGACUUGGUCCCCAGCAGCCUUCCACUGACUGGCUUUGUCCUGCCAUCUAAGACGGCCCUUAAGAGGGAUGCCUCACGGUCUGUUGGGUUGCUGGUGGCUGACUUUGGGGCCAUGGUCAACAACCCACAUCUGAGUGACGUCCAGUUCCAGAUUGACAGCGGAGAGGUGCUCUAUGCCCACAAGUUUGUGCUCUAUGCCCGAUGUCCACUUCUUAUUCAGUAUGUAAACGCUGAAGGCUUCUCUGCCGUAGAGGAUGGAGAUCUGACGCAGCGCAUCCUGCUGAGUGAUGUGAGCUCUGAGGUCGCCCAUGCAUUUCUGAACUAUCUAUACACGGCAGAUACUGACAUGCCUCCCAGCCUGGCUCCUCAUCUUCGUUCCCUGGCCCUAAGGUUUGGUGUGAGCGACCUUGUUCAGCUGUGUGAACAAGUGCCUGUCAUGGCGGACUUAGAGGGGGAGCAACAGGAGGAGAAGGAAAAUGAGAAUUGCAAAAGCAGAGCAGAGAAUUUUCAAGAACUCUUAAAGUCAGUGUGGGUAGAUGAAGAGGAGGAAGCAGAGACUUUGUUGAAACCAGAGGUCUGUGAAGAAGAUAGAGAAAAAGUGAAUGAAACAGAAAUGGAAGAAAUUUAUGAGUUUGCAGCUACCCAGAGGAAGCUACUCCAGGGGGAACGAGCAGCAGAUACAGAGGAGGACACUAACCAGCUCGGGGAGGACAGUCCAGUUUCUGCGCAUACACUGGCAGGUGUCCAGAGUAACAGACAGUUAGAAAAUACAGAACAAAUGGAGUUGUCUGGCCUAGAAAAAGAAGAGGCACUAGCUAGUUGGGAGCAUGAAAGAGAUUCCAUUCCACUCCAGGGCCAGUGCUCAGACUGGGCAGGGAAAGCAGAGACCCAGGACGCGCUGCGGGGGCCAGCGGACCUCCCCAGCUCCUGCAGCUUCCUUCCUGAGAGCCACCAGGUGAGGAGCAAAGGAUAUUUACCUUUGCACUCAGCUAAGGCCCAUGACUACAAACAGCUCUUUGUAUCACCUCAAAGAGAAUCUUCUGGACUGUCACAAACAACAAGUGACCAUGAAGAGCAGAGCGGCCCUGUUAGGGAGAGGCAGGCAGAGAUGGCCCAUCCACCAACUCUGCAGCAGACACCUCCACGGGCCUGCCGCCCCCUGUCACAGUCUCCUGUGGGUGGAAGUCCCAGCCAGUCAUGGCUUCACCUAAGUCACAAGACUAGUUUGUCCCCAGCAGUGUCCCAGUCAAGCAGUAGCAUUUCUAAGGUGGCCUCCCCAAGCUCACUGUUUCCAGUUUCACCAGCUAAGCAGAGGAGAGACAGUAACAUUCUCACACUACUGAAAAAACCAGAAAGGCACCACCAGAAAGGCAAACAGAGUAGUCCCAUGUUUGGACAUAAAAAUAGGGGCACCCUGAUUUCCCCAGCAAAAUCUCCUCCCAUUGACCUGACCCAGUCAGUUCCUGAGCGCUUGAGUCCCGGGGCCCAGGAGCCUCUGUGUCAUGUGAAGAAAGAGGACGAGGUCAUCCUUUUACUGGACUCAGAUGAAGAGCUGGAGCUAGAGCACACCAAGACAAAGCUUGUUUCUAAAAAUCCCCCUGGAAGAAGGGGAGUUCUGGAGGUCAGCCCCAUGUCCUCUGAACUGUUCUCAGUCAUUGAUGUUGACGAAGACCAAGAACAUUCCCAAAGCCCACUGAAGACAGAGGCUGGGCCACAGCAGGAAGAUGAGGUACACCUGGAAAAUCAGUCUGCUCUGGGGAACAGAGAGAGCCCCUGGCUAUUCUGCAGCCAGAAGAAUAGCCUGGAAGAGGACAGCACUACAGAUACCUCCUGGCUGGUACCUGCCACCCCAGGGUCCAGCAAGAGCCGAGAUUGCUCAUCACAGACCCAAAUCAAAAGCCUUAAGAGCAGGACUCCAUCAAAUAAGACUGCUCAGCAGGCCCCCAGACCUUCCUUAGAACUCGGGACUGUGCCGGAAGCAGCCCAGAAGUUCUCAGUGAUCAUGCCGCACACACAGUCUGUUACUCAAGGAGACUCUGACAGUGGAUGCCCAGACAGCAGAAGCCCUCCCCAUCACCACCCUAAACGCUGCAAGCUCUCUUCUUCACAGCCAUUGUGUCCUGUUCCUGAUUUUACUGGGUGGUCCCAGAAACCCUCAUCACCUAGGCCAUGCCUGCCAAAUCAAGCUGCAGCUGACGAAGUUGUAGAAGUUGGGGACAGUGAUGAUGAGCAGGAGGUGGCUUCCCAUCAAGGAAACAGCAGCCCCAUGCUAGAUGGUGACCCCCCAGGUCCCAUGGGUGACUGUUGCUGGCAUGAGCCCCUCUCCCCAAUUCCAAUUGACCACUUGAAUCUGGAGCGGACCGGCCCCCUGACCACAAGCAGUCCCAGCGCAAGCCAGGGCCAGGAGACUCUGCGCAGCAGAGACCCACACUCCCCAGGACUCCUGGGCACCACCCCUAUCCGCGGAAGUUACGGUGCUCUGAGAGAGCCUCAGGAGCAGUCCUCACAGGCUGCUUCUCCCGGGAGCAGCAAACUGAGUGUCCUUAGCUCGGCUCUGUGGGACGACUGGGAGGAGGAAGAGCGGCACUCUCCAGAGACUCAGGCUCAAGUGCUGAGCACCAGAGCCUGGAAGCCAGACAGGCCAGAGACACCAAAAGGUGCUAGCCAGAAAAGGAACUUGCCCCCCAAAGUGCCCAUAACACCAAUGCCGAGGUAUUCGAUCAUGGAGACCCCAGUGCUGAAGAAAGAACUGGACAGGUUUGGAGUCCGCGCUCUGCCCAAACGCCAGAUGGUUCUGAAGCUGAAGGAGAUUUUCCAGUACACUCACCAGACUCUGGAGUCAGACUCAGAGGAUGAGAUUCAGUCCUCCCAGAUACCCCUGGAGGCACCUUGCAGCCAGCCACCUACCACUGAGACCUGCAAGCCUUCAAGGUCAGGAGGCUACACCCGGCUUAAGGCCACUGCAGGUCUUGGGACUCAGAGACCCAAGGGCCCCACUAAGAGCAAGAGUCAUCAACCUCAAAAGAAACAGCUCAGUGAAAGCAUUUCCCACUCGAGCAGGUGGCCAGCUGGAGAGCUGUCUGCAGGCCCUGAUGGGGACACCCAGCUCCCAGCCUCCCAGGAAUCCGUGGCUACCUCUGUGGAUGGCAGUGACAACUCCUUUAGCUCUGAAAGUUCCUCCGGUGAGUUUGGAGCUGCCUUAGAGGCUGUAGGCGACGACAAGGAUGAAGAGGGGGUCAGCGCAUCACAGGCAGCCCUCCAGGCCGCAGACACGGAGGAGGCAGUGAGACGCUACAUCUGCUCCAAGCCUGCCCUGCACAGGAAGGUGCUGACGUACCAGCCUCUGGAGCUGGCCGAGCUACAGGCUGAGCUGAAGCAGGACGGCAUCCCUGUGGCCAUGGGCAAGCUGCUGGACAUCCUAGAUGCCCAGUGCAUCACCUUCACCACUGCCGCGGCCCGGAAGGAGAAGCUGAGACAGAAGGGACGGCAGCCCUCGGGCAGGAAGAAAAAGGUUCAGCCAUGACAGGUCACUACCCAGUAGCGUCCUGCCAGAGGGCCUGGGCAGCUAGAGCAGGCCAGGCCUCCACAGGUGCAUUAUUGGACACGAGCCUGUGUCUGUGUAAAGGUCAACAACCCAGCACACUUUGUCUCCCACUCUCUCCCAGCCCUGUGUUGUCCUUGGACUUAGAGCAGGCCCGCCCUCCCGCAGUCAGUGCCGGGUUUGUCCCUUUGGCCCAAGCAGGGCCCCCUCCUACAUGUUUCUGAGAGGCGGUGGGCCACACCAGCCGACCAGGGCAAGAUGAGCCUGCCUCACUUGCCAUUCUGUGUCCGCCACACCCAAGCUGCCCUGUUAGUGUAUUCUGGGGUAGGCAUUGGGCCCUGCCUGCCUUCAGCAUUCAGAGCAACCAGCCCCAUAGCAGAGCAGACUCCCCUGGGCAGCCUGCACCACCGUGUCAUAGGUGCUCUUCUGACCUGGUGCCUACCCAGACACCUGUCACUGUCACCAGCAUCCUCCAAGCAGGACUGUGAGUAGGGCCUAGCACAACUGAGGAUCCCCAAAGUAAGCAUGUUGCUUGUGGGCUCCUCCCAUGUGUGGACCCUGGGGAGGGCCAGGAAAAACAAAAACACAAACAAACAAACAAACCCCCAGAAGUUUGGGUUUCCACAGCCUGUGAACGUCCUUGUGUGUUUUGAAUACAGUGGUUGUUUUAUAUGAUGUGCAAUAAAAACAA